CCAGGUCCCGUCCCCGACGCCAUCCUGGAGGUGAAUGCCUGGAUGUGGAUUUUACUCCGGGUCCCCCAGGCUGUUCCCAUGUGAACAUGUUUAAGGCGGGAGAGAAUUGGAGGCAGGAGCUGAGGGUGAUCUACCAGUGCUUCGUGUGGUGUGGAACCCCAGAGACCAGGAAAAGCAAAGCAAAGUCGUGCAUCUGCCAUGUGUGCAGCACCCAUUUGAACAGACUCCACUCCUGCCUUUCGUGCGUUUUCUUUGGCUGCUUCACAGAGAAACAUAUUCAUGAGCACGCCAAGACAAAACAACACAAUUUAGCCAUAGACCUUUAUUAUGGAAGUAUAUACUGCUUUAUGUGUAAGGACUAUGUGUAUGACAAAGACAUAGAGCAAAUUGCCAAAGAAGAGCAAGGAGAGGCCUUGAAAUUGCAAGCCUCCUCCUCGGCUAACUUUUUUCACUUGCAGUGUUUCGUGCCAGGCUUUGGUGAGAGAUAUCCAACCUGGGAGACAACCAGACCCGAGUUUGAACUCCUGGGACACAACCCCAGGAGAAGAAGAAUCACCUCCAGCUUCACCAUUGGUUUAAGAGGACUGAUCAAUCUUGGCAACACCUGUUUUAUGAACUGCAUUGUCCAAGCCUUGACUCACACACCGAUACUGAGAGAUUUCUUCCUCUCAGAUAGGCACCAAUGUGAAAUGCCCAGUCGGGAGUUAUGUCUGGUCUGUGAAAUGUCUUCACUCUUUCGGGAGUUGUAUUCAGGUAACCCAUCUCCUCAUGUUCCUUAUAAACUGCUGCAUUUGGUGUGGAUUCAUGCACGGCACUUAGCAGGGUACAGGCAGCAGGAUGCUCAUGAAUUCCUCAUUGCAGCACUAGAUGUCUUGCACAGGCACUGCAAAGGUAAUGAAAUGGGCAAAGCAGCCAACAAUCCCAACCACUGCAACUGCAUCAUAGACCAAGUCUUCACUGGUGGCCUGCAAUCUGAUGUCACCUGCCAAGCUUGCCAUAAUGUGUCUACCACUAUAGACCCAUGUUGGGACAUCAGUUUGGAUUUGCCUGGCUCUUGCACCUCCUUUUGGCCCCUGAGCCCAGGGAUGGAAAGCAGUGUGAAUGGGGAAAGUUAUAUACCAGGAAUCCCCACUCUCACAGACUGCCUGCUAAGGUUCACAAGGCCAGAGCAUUUAGGAAGCAGUGCCAAAAUUAAAUGCAGUAAUUGCCAAAACUACCAGGAAUCCACCAAACAACUGACAAUGAAGAAAUUACCUGUUGUUGCCUGUUUUCAUUUCAAACGGUUUGAACAUUCAACCAAACAGAGGCGCAAGAUCACUACAUACAUAUCCUUUCCUCUUGAGCUUGAUAUGACACCAUUCAUGGCCUCAAGUAAAGACAACAGACUGAAUGGACAGUUGCAGCUGCCAGCUAACAGUGGAAAUGAUGAGAAUAAGUAUUCCUUGUUUGCAGUUGUUAAUCACCAAGGAACACUAGAGAGUGGUCACUAUACCAGCUUUAUACGGCACCACAAGGACCAGUGGUUCAAGUGUGAUGAUGCUGUCAUCACUAAGGCCAGUAUUAAGGAUGUGCUGGAUAGUGAAGGAUAUUUGUUGUUCUAUCACAAACAAGUCCUGGAAUAUGAGGCCGAAAAAAGUGAAAGAAAUGAAUAUACAAGCCUACUGAAAUAACACACUUUGAUGACUGAUAGCAAUAUCCAUACUAUAACUGGCAUUGAGAUGUAAAGGACCUACUUGUUUGGCCCAUGGGUGGGCCUGACAAUAAAAAAUGAACAGUAUCCAGUGUCUGAAAGGUCCUGAGUGGAAGGAAAGAAGAGAAAGGCUCUAGGUAGUAAGUCACUGAAAGGAAGAGCUAAAUGGGAAGAGGGAAGAAGGCUAUGGGUGAGGAAGGCAGGAGCAGAAAAACCUGACAUUGGUACAUAUCCUCUAUUUCUCUAAAAGAUUGUGUGGAAAAGUGUUGGGUGGGAGGUGGGUAGUGCGGGAGAGUGUGCCCUUGUAACUGUAAAACAUCUUCUCCAUGGGUUUUUCAGCUUUAAUUGACCAAUCACAUAACAGUUCUAUGUUAAACGUGGAAGAAAAGUUUAUACAAAUUUAGCCCAUUGCAUACAUAUAUAGUUUUGAGAGUGGAAAGGGGGAGAAGAUGGGGAUAUUUCAUUGACAAACACCUUUACCAGUUUCUUUGUGUUUGUGAUUUUUGUGCUGUUAAAUGCAAUAUUUUUGGAUAAAGCAAAGCCCACAUGGGCUAGUGAAAAUGGUGAAAAGAAAGGGGCUUGUAGAGGGGAAACACUUGCUCCCAAAUUAGUAAAGAAGACAAAUGCUGUAAGAUAAGCAAUCACCACAGACAGACCGCAGCUAAGAGUGUAGUGUGUGUGAGUGUCUGUGUUUUAAAAGCUAUGUGAUAUACUUGAGCAAAUCAAUGUCUUCUUUGCAAUUGUUCUCAUUUGUACAAUGCAGGUAAUUCCUUACAUUAAAGUGUUACAUUAAAGAAUAAAUUAUAUAAAUUG